GGGGCUUGGCCGCCUCUUCCGCUCACGCGCGCUGGCUGGGAAGGCCCUGCGCAGGCGCGGCCGUGCCGGGAGGGGCGGGGGCUGCCCCGGAAGUGGUCUCGCGGCCCAGGACCAGGCGCCGGAUGUGACGUACCCUUCCGAAGCGGGAGCCAUGGUGCCUUCGAGGCUUCUUUCAGUAGGACCGCGGCCCUUGCUUGGGAGCGUGUGGCGCUGGACUCAGGUCGGGCUGCUCUCGGCCAGCUGUGCAGACUGCGCCAAGCACCAGGAGCCCCCUAGGAAGAAACUGCUCUCCGAGAAAAAACUGAAAAAACAUUUUGUGGACCAUCGCCGAGUGCUCGUCCGAGGGGGCCGUGGCGGCGACGGGGCGAGCUGCUUCCACAGUGAGCCCCGGAAGGAGUUCGGAGGCCCCGACGGUGGUGACGGAGGCAGCGGUGGCCACGUGGUCCUGAGAGCUGACCAGCAAGUCAAGUCGCUGUCCUCAGUGCUGUCGAGGUACCAGGGUUCCCACGGAGAGGCUGGCGGCAGGAAGAACUGCUCUGGACGGAGCGGCACUCUCCUCUACGUCCCGGUCCCUGUGGGCACAUUAGUGAAGGAGGGAAACAAAGUCGUGGCCGACCUGUCAUGCCCGGGCGAUGAGUACGUCGCUGCUCUGGGCGGGGCAGGAGGAAAGGGGAACCGCUUUUUCCUGGCCAAUGACAACCGCGCACCUGUGACAUGCACCCCCGGACAGCCCGGGCAGGAGCGUGUUCUCUUCCUGGAACUCAAGAUGGUGGCCCACGCUGGGAUGGUUGGGUUUCCCAAUGCAGGGAAGUCCUCGCUUCUCCGGGCCAUUUCGAAUGCGAGACCCACCGUGGCUUCCUACCCGUUCACCACCUUAAAGCCCCACGUCGGGAUUGUUCACUGUGAGGACCACCAACAAAUAGCAGUGGCCGACAUCCCGGGCAUCAUCCGGGGCGCGCACCAGAACAGGGGCCUGGGAAGCACCUUCCUCAGGCACAUCGAGCGCUGCCGCUUCCUCUUGUUCAUCGUGGAUCUUUCGGAGCCAGAGCCGUGGACCCAGGUGGAGGACCUGAAGUUCGAGCUGGAGAAGUAUGAAGCGGGCCUGUCCAAGCGACCCCAUGUGGUCGUGGCGAAUAAGAUCGACCUCCCUCAGGCCAGAGCUGCUCUGCCCCAGCUGCGGGCCCGCCUGGGACCAAGCACCGUCAUUGCCCUGUCGGCGGCCACCGGGGAGAACCUGGAGGAGCUGCUGCUGUGCCUGCAGGAGCUCCAUGGCCGGCACGUGGCCGCCGAGCUCAGGUGGUAGCAGCCAGGCUGCCACCAAGGGCGACCGACCCAGCGUCACGGGCUCUGAGCAGAAAGUAGCCUUAAAGGAUCAGCAGCGUCACUGCUUUGCCUCCCACCGUCCCUGGGGCUCGCCCGCCAGCAAACGUCCCAGGACCUCGGAUGACGCACCACCGACAGCCUGCUCCCUGGUGCCUCCCACCCUCAGUCAGCCCCCCGAUGGGCGAGGGCCCCGCAGCCACCACGUUGCGGCUGAGUGGGCCCGACCUGGGUGAGCCGAAUAGGAGUCCGCACCCGGGACCCCGAGGGGAGGCGCAGGCUCCCUGACGCCAGAACCUCCAGUGCUGGCCACUGCAGAGGUCAGCCCGCCCUCCGGAGGGUCGUGAGGGUCGUGAGUGUGCGGGGACAGGGAGCGAGAAAAGCAGGGGCGACGCCUCCUCCUGUUCCCAGACUGCCGUCCUCGGGAGCCGCUGGCUUCACGACUGAAUGCACCCAAUAUCCGACCCGGGCCGCGUGCGGUUAUUAACUGAGGGCGCAGACUUGUGCUUCCCCCACAUGAAGUCUGAGGCUUUGGGCACAUCCCUGGGGGCCCUUAAGGGACGAGGUGGCUGGGGACCUGGGGCAAGCCGGGGAAGGGACUCUGGGCCCCUUGGGGCUUAGUCCCGGGGCCUGGCCACGGGAGGCGCCGGGGGCCGGGCCUGCCUCCGACGAGCUUGCGCCUGAGCUUUCGGGAGCAAUUCUGUUUUGAUCUACCGUCAAAUCUGCAACUACAACAAGAGUCCUUUGCCUGAAGCUUUAUUUUAAUGCCUUAUAAUUUCCGAGGUCCUUGUGUUCUGGAAACCAGAGAUGGGUUUUGCAAUCUCUUUGCUCUCUCCGGGGCCGCCACAAAGGAUUUCGGAGAGCCGGUUAAUUAUCCUGGCCUUUCAUCUCCCGCCGCCCCGCACCGCUGCGCGCAGGGACGACACUGGGUGUCUCCCUGCGUCUGCCCUGCGCUCGGCUGUGCCCCGGCGGCCUCAGGACCUGACCCAGAAGAGGUUCUGGGAAAUAUUGCUGGAAUGAAGAAAGGAAUGGUGUCCGA